AUGGAAAAAACUAGAAAAAGUGGUCAAUCAACCAUAUCAGAAAAUGCAGAUAGUUCAGUAGAAAAAGAAUUGGGUUGUGGUCUAAUGGGUGUUUUUUUCCCAAGAAAUACUAAGCCAAAUAAAUCAACAGCACCACCAAUUCCAACCAAGUCCAUUGACACCAAUGCUGUCAGGAAUUCAAGAAACUGGCGAAGCAGCUCUUGUGGUAAGGCAUGUUUGGACUCCAGGAAAUCAACUAAGCCUUCACCAAAACUAGGUGACAAACCAUUCAGAAAAUCAUCCUUAAACAGUCCGAGGAAUUCGACUUCUUGUGAACAGAAUAAUAUUAGAAGAUCUUCAUCAGAUGGUAUGAGAAAAUCGAAUAAAGCAUCAUCCAAUUUUUCUAGUGUGAGCAGGAUAUCACAAGUUGUGAACUUAGCAUACACACAAAAGCUUAGAAGAGAACCAACUUUUACCUCAACUGAUUUGAGCAUGACAAUCUUUAGUCAUCGAAAAUCCAGGACAAAUGGAACGUUGAAUCGCAGUUCAACAGGCAAUGUUAGCAAAUUAAGCCACUUGGGAAACUUGAAGUUGCAGGGGAACCAAAAUCCCUCUAGUAACAUAAACACCAGCCAGAAAAAAGGCAGUGGCUUGAUGGGAAACAUAGUAAGGCAACCUAGUGUAAGAAGCCAUCAAUCCGGGAGUACAUUUCGCGGUUCUGCAAACAAACUAGACCCUGAUGUACUCAAGUCCAUAGCUUUGAUGAGUUUAGGCCGCAUAAUUGAGGCAGUGCUCGCAUGCAGAGAGGCCAUUCGGCUAGAUCCUUCUUAUCACAAUGCACAUUUUCGUCUUGCUAGACUAUACCUCAGACUCGGAGAUGCUGAGAAAGCAAUAGAUCAUUAUGAACAAUCGGGACGGAAAGCUGACAAGAAGGACAUUGCUGAGUUGCAUAGACAUGAGGAAGCAUACAUUACAAUUCAGAAUGGACCUGAUUUUCAAACUGAGCUGUGUACUAGCCUUUUCGGUUCAGCAAAAACAGCAUAUUUGUUAAUAGUUCGAGCUGAGGCCUAUGCAACUAUAGGCAAGUUUGAGGAUGCCAUGGUUGCAACUCAAGAAGCAGUGAAGUUGGAUAAAAGCAAUGAAGUAAUUAACACAACAAUAAGGAGAAUUAGAGGGUUGGCAUCAGCUCGGUUAAAGGGCAAUGAGCUUUUCAAAGAAAAUAAAUUCUCAGAGGCUUGUUCCGUGUACACUGAAGGACUAGAACGAGAGCCAUACAAUUCUAUUCUGCUAUUUAACAGAGCAGCUUGCCGGUUCAAGCUAGGACAAUUCGAAAAAGCAGUAGAAGAUUGUACUGCAGCUCUUGCAUUACGUCCUUCCUAUGUAAAGGCUAGACUGCGAAGAGCUGAUUGCAACAUCAAGUUGGAAAGAUGGAAGGCAGCUAUUCAAGAUUGUCAAGUGUUGAUGCAAGAAAAUCCAGAGGAUGAUGAAGUAAGUAGGUUGUUUUUAGAAGCAAAUGUUCAGCUUCAAAAGCAGCUAGAAGAGGACCAUAACCAGAGAAAUCUAUUCAAUGGUUCCAACUCCGCGCUUGUCUCCGGCAACUAA